UGCGAGAAACCAGUGUUGUUCUGGCGGUGGUCCAGCGAGGAUCGUCUAGCGGAUUCGUGCGUGCUUUUAAAGCUUUCAGUCUGUGUAGUGGUAAAAGGAAAACAUUAAAAACGGGGUUGAAGACUCUGUUGCAGCAAACUACUAAAAGAUUAAAAUGGGCAAGACGAACGUGCCAGUGGAAAGAUACGAAAGGGACAGUCACACAGAGAUGACGCAUGUGGAUCCCACGUCGUCGUUAAGUAACGUGACGUCAUCAAAAUGCAACAUUCUCUCUGUGGAAGAUGGUAAAGGUGCCCUGGGUCCUCCCCAUAUGGUUGAGGGCUAUGGCAGAGUUCAACACCCCACUUCGUUUCUAGAGACGCUUAUACACCUCUUGAAAGGGAACAUCGGCUCGGGGUUGUACGCCAUGGGGGACGCGUUCCGCAACGCAGGUCUCAUCGCAGGGCCAGUUGUCUCGCUUCUUCUAUCGAUCAUCUGUGUCUACUGUCAGCAUAUGUUGCUUACUGGAGCCAAAGAGCUGCAGAAAAGAACGGGAAGUCCAGUUCUCCCAACAUUUGCGGAGACAGUAGAAUUAUCCUUCAAAGCAGGGCCUCCACAACUACGAAAAUGGGCAAAAACAGUGAGAUUGUGGAUCAACAUCUUCCUAUGCGUAACCCAAAUGGGCUUUUGCUGUGUAUACUUCGUUUUUAUCUCUGAUAAUGUGAAGAAGGUGAUGGACCAUUACAAUGUGGAGCUGGACAUUCACAUCCACAUGCUGAUCCUCCUCUUACCCAUCAUGCUCUCAUGUUGGAUCCGAGACCUCAAGUACCUCGUGCCUGUAUCUCUGUUUGCCAAUGUUUUCAUGACAGUUGGUAUUGCUGUCACAUUGUACUAUAUCAGCCAGGAACUCCCGACACCUUCCACGAGGGACUACAUUGCACCGUGGUCAAAGAUUCCUCUCUUCUUUGGCACUGCCAUCUAUGCUUUUGAAGGCAUUGGAUUGGUGCUGCCCCUGCAGAGUGAAAUGAAACAACAUGAUCAGUUCACAAGACCAUUUGGUGUUCUCAACAUCGGUAUGACCAUUGUGACAUGCUUAAUUGUAACAGUCGGGUUUCUUGGUUACCUCAAGUAUGGAGACAGCGUAGAAGGAAGCCUCACUCUCAACUUGCCACAAGAAGACAUUCUGGCCCAAGCAGUGCAGUUGACCAUCUCUGUGGGUGUCCUGUUCUCCUAUGCUCUGCAGAUGUAUGUUCCCAUAGAGAUCCUCUGGCCUCGCAUUCAGAGGAGAUGGGGCCCCUUCAAAUACAGCUCCCUAAUUGAAAUCAUCUUCCGUAGCUCUCUGGUUCUCAUAACAUUUAUUCUAGCAGAAGUAAUUCCACACUUCAGUCUGUUCAUCUCUCUGGUGGGUGCCGUCAGUAGCACUGCGCUGGCCCUGUUCUUCCCGGCUAUCAUGGACAUAGCUACACAUUGGGAGUCUGGGCUGGGCCCUUUCAAAUGGGUGCUGUGGAAGGAUGGUUUCUUCAUCUUGAUUGGCGUCAUCGGAUUUAUCACAGGCACUUACGCAAGUGUGGAGGCUAUUGUUCAGAAACUUUGACCGACGGAUUUAUUGCAUUUUAUUUACAAAUUUUAUCUAUUUACAAAUAAACUUUA